AUGGCUUCAAAGCAGAUAAAUCGCAUCCAACUUCUAAUGAUUCUGAUCCUCACCGCCCUGCAUCCAUCUGACUCAAACAGCUGCGGCAGACGCCCGCUUAUGUCAGAAUAUGGCAGCUCGCGGAUCGUUGGAGGAGUUGAUGCGCAGCCUGGUGCUUGGCCAUGGCUGGUCAGCAUCCAAGUGCCUUCCGGAGGCGGACAUCGCCACUCCUGCGGAGGGACUUUAAUCGAUGAGCAGUGGGUCCUAACAGCGGCUCACUGCUUCAAGACCAUGAAGAGGCUCGUUUCCAAAUGGCAAAUCGUACUUGGAGGAUUCCAACUGUCGGAUCCAUCGCAAAGUGACGUCCAGAUCAGAUCCAUCGACUCGUACGUUCAGCACGAGCAUUACAAUUCCCGGACUGAGCGGAACGACGUGGCGCUGAUCAAACUCAACCAGGCCGUGAGAUUCACCGACUUCGUGCAGCCGGCCUGCCUGCCGAGCGCCACCACGGACAUUCACGCCAUGGAUCACUGCUACAUCAGCGGCUGGGGCGUCACUAAAGAUAAAACCAUCCAAACGGCCGACAUCCUCCAAGAGGCCAAAGUCAACCAGAUUCCUCUGGAGAAGUGCAACGGCUCGGCGUGGUAUAACGGAGAAGUCCACGACUACAAUCUCUGUGCCGGCUACGAGGAGGGAGGCAUCGAUAGCUGCCAGGGAGACAGCGGAGGGCCAUUUAUGUGCAGGGACCCGGACAGCUCCACGUAUAACGUCAUCGGAGUGACAAGCUGGGGUGAGGGAUGCGGCAAAUCAAAAAAGCCAGGAGUGUAUUCCAACACUCAAUACUAUCGUGAGUGGAUCCUCAAAACAAUGGGAACCCCAUCUCCUGCGCUCAAAGAAGCCGCUGACACCCCAAGCUUGAGUGCAUUGGGAGGAUAUAGAGAGCCGCCGUUCAACUCCCCCGUACCGGCCGACAUCAGCAGCAAAUCUAAGCUUGAAGACCCUUCAGGAAAUUCCAUCAGUCUUGGAGAGCGCAGAGGAGACGUCCUCUUCAUCUUCAUCGUCCUCUUCCUCGUCAUCGAGCAGCCAGACUCUUUCUGGCUUUUCCUUUGUGACCGGACGGCCUGA